AUUAAUCUGUGUCCUGAAAAAAAAUACUGUCAAAAAUUGUUUGGCUGGCUUUGGUCAAAUAUUUUUCGCUUUAUUUGCGUAUUUUGAGGAAUUUUGUUACAUUUAUUGGUUAAUACUCUACAAUUGACUUGCCUCAGCUACUGGAAAAUAUCAUAGCAAGUGACGGUAUCGAGACAAGGUUACUAGAGGUGGUGUUUAGCUACAACGACUGUGAUAGCUGCCGUGAAGAAACAGUGAGAUGUCGGCCCGCUUUCCGGGGCCUGCUGCCGGCAGCCCGGGUGCGCCGGCCCCGCUGCCACCAGGUCCUCCUGCCCGCUAUGCAGCUGCGCCGCCGCCCACGCCGCCCAACGCACCCAGACCUUACCCGGGGCCCAACUUCCCUCAACAAAGAGGUGGAUUCAGUAGUGCACCCCUGCCGGCCCUGGGCGCGCGGGGCCCCGCUCCGGGCGGCUACGCACAGCCGCCGCCGCGCCCCGCGCCGCCCGCCAAGAGGCCGCCCGACGCGCGCUCGCCCAUGCCGCCGCAACUCAACAAACAGAUGUACCCCAGUGGUGAUGGCUACCUUCCCGGUGGAGCAGCAGCCAAGCGCAAGAAGCGUUUAGCAGACAAAGUUCUGCCGCAGAAAGUUCGUGACUUAGUGCCAGAGUCGCAGGCCUACAUGGACCUGCUGGCCUUCGAGAGGAAGCUGGACGCCACCAUCAUGCGCAAGAGACUCGACAUACAGGAGGCACUCAAGAGACCCAUGAAGCAGAAGAGGAAACUCAGGAUAUUCAUCUCUAAUACUUUCUAUCCAGGACAAGGCGAUAACGCAGUGGCGUCGUGGGAGCUGCGAGUGGAAGGGCGCCUGCUUGACGACUCCAAGAAUGAUCCCAACAAGGUGAAGCGCAAGUUCUCGUCGUUCUUCAAGUCGCUGGUGAUCGAGCUGGACAAGGAGCUGUACGGGCCCGACAACCACCUGGUGGAGUGGCACCGCACGCACACCACGCAGGAGACCGACGGCUUCCAGGUGAAACGUCCCGGCUACAAGAACGUGCGCUGCACGAUCCUGCUGCUGCUCGACUACCAGCCUCUGCAGCUCAAGCUGGACGCCCGCCUGGCGCGCCUUCUGGGCGUGCACACGCAGACGCGGCCCGUGGUGGUGAACGCGCUGUGGCACUACGCGCGCACGCACCGCCUGCAGGACCCUAGAGAGAGAGAGUAUCUGGUGUUCGACAAGUACUUGGAGCAGAUCUUCGGGUGUUCGAGGAUGAAGCUGGCGGAGAUCCCGGGGCGGCUGUCGAGCCUGCUGCACGCGCCGGACCCCAUCGUCAUCAACCACGUGAUCGGCGUGGAGGCGCCGCACGACGCCAAGCAGACCGCCUGCUAUGACAUCGAUGUCGAGGUGGACGACUCGCUGAAGGCCCAGAUGAACGCGUUCCUGAUGAACACGUCCAACCAGCAGGAGAUCAUGCAGCUCGACACCAAGAUACACGACACCGUGGACACCAUCAACCAGCUGAAGACGUCGCGCGAGUUCUUCCUCAGCUUCAGCAAGGACCCGCAGCUCUUCACGCAGAAGUGGCUCGUCAGCCAGUCCCGGGACCUCAAGACGAUGACCGGCGAGGGGUCCAGCACGGCAGCGGGCGGCGAGGGCGGGCGGCGCGCGGAGUGGUGGGGCGGCGCGUGGUGCGGCGAGGGCGUGUCGCGCUACCUGUCGUCGCGCGCCGCCGCCCGUCGCCGCGACCUGGACUUGGCGGCGAGACCCGCGCUCACACGCCUGUAGACGGGUUAAGGGGAUAGUUC